UGCAAGAGCCGUGCGAAAAUGCAACGAACAACCUACGAGUCAUCGACAACCGUCUGCAGGGAGAAAAGCAAGAUUUCGCGGUGUGCGUGAAGAGCUUGAACUUCAAUAACCAUCCCCAAAUGGCCGUCAGAUUGGUGGAGUGGAUCGAGUUGCUGAGGAUUUUGGGCGCAAACAGAAUAAUUUUCUAUCAACUGCAGGUGCACCCAAAUAUCUCAAAGGUUUUGGAAUAUUAUUCAAAAACAAGGAACGUGGACGUUGUAUCGAUGACGAUGCCAGGAAACUACCCAAAUGUGCCUGAAUUGAUGAACCAAUUAAUGGGCGAAAACGGAAUGUACCAGUGGAUCCAGGAUUUGAUCGAUUACAAUGACUGCUUUUACAAAUACUACAACUCUUUCCGCUACAUUGUUUUGAUUGACGUGGACGAGGUGAUUAUACCUUUGAACGGUGUGGACACCUGGCACGACCUGAUAUUUAAAAUGGCGAUUCCAAAAGCAAAGGCAAUCAAGAAUGUCACGUACUCCAACUUUGUGGCGCGCAACGUUUAUUUCAUGGACAUUUCAAGCGAAACUCGAUGGUCGCCCUCUCCGGACAUUCCUCCCUACAUGCACAUUUUGCAGAACGUGGUGCGCAGGGUGGACCCGUCGCCACCUGGCUACUACGUCAAGUCGUUCCACUCGACGGAAACGGUCUUCGCGCUGCACAACCACUACAGCAGAUCCUAUUUGGCUGAGUCUGGGUCUGCGGUCGACUGGGGCGAAUAUUACGAGUUUGGACUGCACGAAGCGCAAUUGCAGCACUACUGCGUGCGAAAACUCAAGCCCGACUGCCAAGUGCAACCGGCAAACCAGACCGCGGACACCUCUGCGUUGAAGUACCAAGAUAGAUUGAUCGCGGCAACGAGAAGAGCUUUGAGGAACGUUGGAAUUUUGUGACAAUAGAGAGAAUUAAAAUUUUGUUAAUUUUCUGUGUAGAAUUGUGUCUCGAUUGCAUUUUUAAAAGUGGAUUCCAGUUUCUGUUUUAAUUUUCAAAAGAGAGUUAACGUGGAUUCAGAAAUUGAGUAAAAA